AUGCAUUCGAUGGACGACCUGAACAAGAAGUUUGUGCAAGUAUCAUUACUGCCGCCAGACUCGGUUCGAGUCACAGAUUUGCUAAUCUGCGGCUCGCACGGCUUGCUGCGCCGCUUCUGACACGACACAGCCCACACAGCCCGCACAGCCCCCCUCGCCUGUGAAGCCAACCUCAUGGACCCUGCCUUCACCCGCGCCCUCGGACACGUCGUUGGAUUCAUGGCUACAGAUAUCGCAGUACUCUGGCCUUCCUUCGUUCCCAAGUCAUAACGCACCCCCUCACAACCGAACCUACGAUGGUAUGAUCGAAAGGCUUCUGUUACCCGAGCUGAAAGAAGACGUCGACUGCGCCUUCAUCAAGUAUGAGGUCAUCCCACGCAUCGUGAUGUGCAGCACGUCCGGCUUGGUGCGCUCGGCGUUUGGGAUUGAGCCAACCGAAUUCGGUGAACAGGCGCAAGAAGCUCUCGCUCAAGUUGGCCGAUCAGCGCUUCGAGCCAUGUUCGACGAGGACUGCAGGCGACCGAUCGAGCAAAGGAUCGCAGACUGGGUCUUACCACUUGCGCAAUUUGUGAGUGCCAUGUCCCCAGAAUUGGUCAUUCCAGAGGUCGUAUGUGAGGACGCUGAUUCAAAGAAUUCAGUUCGCGACUCAAUGUCGGCACAGGCAUCCGGUGCGCGUGGUCGGCAGCCACAUCUGACGCUCGCACAUGCAAAACGGUGUGCUCAUUUAUCCAACCUAUGCCACCCCGGCAGCCCUGAUCUGAUCGAACACCACCAUUUUUUGACGUGCUGCAACGGGCUGACCUCGGCGAAGGGGGGAUCGAUCGCGCGGGCUACGCUCGUGCCGUUGGCUUUUGAAGCCUGGGACUCGGAAGAUGAUUCGCGUGAAACCCCAUACCCUCUCGUCAAUGUCGUGCUCGACCUGGCACGGGAUGUGCUCACGCAACCGGCACGCAUGUACGCGCCUGGCUUCGCCAUCCAUGAUGAUGACACAGCCUACCUCGUCGUCCUCGAUCACGAGGGGUGCCGGAUCGCCAUCAUCUCGGACUGCUGGGGCGAGGGCUUUGGCGAGCUCGCUUCGCUGCUUUCCGUUCUACUCGGGCUGGACGUCUACUCGGCCGGACUGUCACCUCUCUUUCGCUAUGCAUGCGACCUCGAGACCGGCAUUGCCCCCGUCGCAUUGUGUACGAGAUAUCUUCGACCGUCCGAGCUCGAAGCAGACGCCCCCCUGGUCGGUCGCACCGUCGAGUUCAUCGCCGAGGAGCCCGUCAGGCUCGUUGACUCCACAGUCGCCAACGGUCUACGGUCACAUUUCAGCUCACGCGCCCGAGCUUGGUAGCCUGCUCCCCAGCGGUAUUGACGAACUAUCUAGAGCCCUCAUUCGUGGUCAAAAUCUAGCUCACAACGCAGAACUUUUUCGGACAUGAAGCAGAUGUGCUGAACAGGAUCGUCGAGCGCUGCGCAGCCGAGGCUCCGUCGGAAUCGGCGCAGCUCUUCGAAAAAUAUGUCGCGCUCCCCGAGAAGGCCAAGUCGCUCGGUCGUCAUCGAUCGCAAAUGGAGGACAGCGCCUUGCCCAUACUCCUGGUAUCGGAAGAGUCCGAACGACGACUGCAACGCACCCGUCGGCGCACACUCGAUGUGGUCGUCGUGCGCAAUCCUACUCCUUUACCUACGGCCGUCGACGAUGCCCGCGAUGAGCAGCGCACACUCUUCCGGUUUUGCCAAGUUUUCGACCAGCUUCUCACCCUUCUGCCUGCCCUCUUCGAUCUCGGCAUCCACCAUCGCGAUUUGUCGAUCGGCAACAUCCUCCAAUACCAAGGACACCUUGUUCUGGUCGACUGGGAGACUGGCAUCGUUGCCCAGCCGGGUGAACAGGUUCCUGUCGCUGCCGAAGACGCCGGUUCGAUCCGAUUCACGCGCGCGACCGUAUCCUGGGAGGUGAAAGGCACGAGAUCGCUCUCGAGCCUCACUGAUUCCGAGUCCAAACAGAAAGGAUCAAACGGUGUAAUUCGCAGGCGAAGAAAGACUACUAA